AUGGAUAUAAAACAGGAAUUUGCAGAUGGCGAUAUCCCUGAGGAGGUUCUUAAAGGUUGCCUCGGCAGUGAUCUGCAACUCCUCAAUGGCAAUUGGACGAUCCUCUCGGACAGAUCUGGCCCCAUGACAGACAUUACGGAGAUGCUGGGUCUCGAUAAACUGGACAGGAUGAGCUGGGAGCUCUCCCUUCAGCUUUCAGCUCCACGUCUGAAUCUCUCUUUUACAGAGGAAGAGGAAGACCGCGUUCCAAUUCUUCGUGUUGACUGCAUGGGCCAGUUAGGCAUGGAGUACAUUCGUGAUAUUCGCUUCGAUGGACAGACGAAGACAGGAGUGCAUCUUCGGGACCUCGUCCCCAAUCCUCCGUUGAGUCACAUGUCCUCUGGCUUUGACGAGGGCGAGCUGCUUGCAGUCAAGGACGGCGCGAAGCUUUUUGUUCGAUACGAUAUGCGGAAAGGGACGCUUUAUAUGACCCGAGUUGUGCUCUCCAAGGAUCCGGAGGGCCUUGUUGAUGGACCGGUCACUCUCGCCAAGUACUGCGUUGUGAACAAGUCGACGGGUGUGAAGCAUCAAGUGUACAGAUACCACAGACGAACAGGCGAGCAGUCCGCUUCUCUGUGCUUCUAA